CAUUAGCUCCACAUGCUACAUGUGUCGUGGCGCUGCAGGAGCGUGGAUUGGCCGCUGCACUGAAGUCAGGAAGCUCAGUGAGUGUUUUCCUCGAGAUCUGCACAUGACACUUCUGAGAGAGAAGUCACCCGGUGCAGUGCACCUCUUAUUUAAGUCCUGCACUCUCUGCAGCAGACUGAGACGGCAUUCAGUGUUAUCGCUGUUGCAGUAACAUGGCCUCCAGCUCCUUGGGCAGACGACUGGUGGCUUGUCUCCUCAAUGUUUCUGAGGCUCGCAGGAAAGACCUGGUGGAGACUGUGGCCACGGCAGCUUUGUACAACACCGAAGGUGCCAGACGAGAGGGGACCACAGUGCUGAACAUCUUUAAUGAUCAUGACUACAACCGCUCUGUCAUCACCAUUGUGGCCAGCAUUGACUCCAUCAGGGAGGCGGUUCUGUCUGCAUGCGAGAAAGCCUGCGGGCUGAUUGACAUGUGCGCUCACAUAGGUGUCCACCCGUGUAUGGGUGCCGUCGACCUCAUACCCAUCUAUCCAUUGGGGGAGGAGGUGCGAGUGGAGGACUGUGCAAAGGAGGCUCGGGCUGUGGCUCAGGGACUGAUAGAGAGGGUCCAUGGCACCACUGCCUUCCUGUUUGGCUGGGCAGACUCCCCCCUUCAGCGUGGGCUGGCACAGAGGAGGAAGGAGAUGGGCUGGUUCAAGAAGAGGCCUGACUUACAGGCGAUCCAGGUUGACAUGGGGCCGGAGCCAGGGAAAAGAUAUGGCCUCACAGGCGUUGGGGCGGGCCCAUACGUCAUGAACUGCAAUGUCACAAUCAACACCCAGGACAUCGCCAUAGGACGUAGCAUCGCCACAGCGAUCAAAACGUCGACCCCUGGGGGCCUUCCAGGGGUGCAGGUGCUGGCUCUGCCGCAUGAGGGUGCUGUGGAAAUUGCCUGUAAUGUCGAGAGCGUGAAGGGGAGCCCGCCUACUCACGCGAGUGCAGAUGAACCCUGGCCGUCUUUCAACAUUGAAGGACAGCCUUACUAUCAUGCUCCGGCUUCUCUCAUCACGGCGAGGGUCACGGAGCUGGCAGGGAGGCAGGGGGUUGGCACAAAGCACACAGCGCUGGUAGGGUUCACUCCCCAUGAGUGCAGGGGCUUAGCAGAGUUAGCACUGUCUCAAGGGAUUGCUGAAUUCUGGAAAGAGCAGCGAAGGAUCCGUAUGUAAAAACCUUUGCCUGAACCAAUGAAACCUCAAAUAAAGGAGCACAAUCUUU